AUGGAAGAAUCUGAUGCAGAGGGAUAUGUGUACUCUGAGGAGCAGUCUGAGAGUGAGAGAUUGAGGGAGGAGAGGAGAACCAAGAAGAGGAAUGACCCCAUUAGUAGUGAGAGUGAGCAAGGGGAGUUUGAGAUUGGAGUGAACCUUGUUCAAGAGGAGGGAAAUGGCUCUCCAAGUGAAGAAGGAAGUGAUGAGACUGAGAGUGAAGAGGAAGGAGAAGAGGUGAAUCAGUUGGUUGAGAAAGUGAGCAAGAAAGUAACCAAGAUGCCAUGGAGGAGUUGA